AGGCUCGUUAAAGUAUCUCCCAUGCCGAGGCCUUCUGGUCUUGACUUCGCCAACUGGUUGGAUCUAUUUUUAGGGUCUGCUCCCUCGCGGAGGAGCAGGUGCAGCUGCCUCGACACUCCGCGCAUAGACGCGUUUCUUGGCCAGUGCCAACCAGGCGAAACCCCAUCAUCAUCAUCAUCAUCGCCAUCGCCAUCUGAAGAUCGCUAUCCAGCCUCAUUUAACUGGCACUCUGCUCGAACGCUUUUGGGAGUCUAUUUCAAAAUGAUGGAAGAUGAAAGUUCUAUGUCGAUCGAAGGCAACAUCGUGGGUCUUAAGAGUACCAACGCCGUGAUACUGGCCACUGACUCGAAGGAAUACGAAAUGUAUCUGAUAGAUGACCGCAUUUACUGCUGCGCACCUCGUUCCGGCAUCGAUCGGAAAAUAGUUCUGGAAGUGAGUUCAAAGGUGGAACAACUGGUCCGGGAUCGCGGCCAGAAGGUGACCGUGUCCCAGGUGCGGGACAUGUUUUGCGACAAGUACCAGAACGCCGAGUCCCCGAAUGUCCUGAUAGCUGGACAGGACAGCAAGGGUCUCCACUUAUUCAGCAUGGAGUCUGGGAAGUCCCGCAUGGUGAUAUAUGCCGCAAAGGGCACAGAUACGGAGAACAUUGUGGGCAUUCUAUCGCACGACUGGAGUGACUUCAUAAACCUCAGCGAGGCUGAACAUCUGGCCAGGAAAGCGCUUAGGUGUGAGCACGCGGAAAUGUGCACCAUCUAUAGGGCUAAAGAAAUCGAGGAACAAGGCGCCAACAUGGAGUUCGAUAUGGACGUCGACCCCUCUGUAUCGCCGGCCAGCAGUUUCUAGAUCCUCCUACUACCUACAUGUAGUAGUUAAUCGUAUCAUUUCGAUUCACGUUGAUAUAAAUAAAUGGUGGCUACUCCACUGGCCACCCUGUAAU